AAUUUAAUGUUUUUCAAAAAUAUAAAAAAGAUAAUCAAAAAGAUAAUGCAAUUGAAUGGAUAGAGAAUGCCAUAAAAAAUGAAAAAGUAAAACUUAUAUUAUUUAACGAUUUAAUAAAUUCCGAGGAACUUGGCAGUGGAGGGUUUGGAUGUAUUAGGAAAGCUACUUGGAUAAAAACUAGAAGUUGUGUUGUUUAUAAAAGGUUAACUAAUAUAGAAGCCAUUAAAGGUAACAUAUUAAAUGCAUUUAUCCAUGAAUUACAAAUACAUUUAUGUCUUGAUUCUAGUGAUCGGAUUGUUCGUUGCUUAGAUCAAAACACAAAAGACUUUCUUCUUAUAAUGCAAUAUGCCAAUGGUGGCGAUCUUCAAAAUUAUCUUGAAAAGAAUCAUAAAAAUUUAACUUGGGAAAAUAAGAAAAAAUUAGCAUUUCAAAUCGCUGAAGGAUUAAACUAUUUACAUAAUGAAAAUAUUUUGCAUAGAGACCUUCAUUCAAAGAAUAUAGUUAUUCACAAUGGCAAUGCUAAAAUCACGGAUUUUGGAAUUUCAAAAAAUAUGAAUACUCAAAAUUCUAUCAAUAUUAUCGGAACUUUUGGUAGGAUUCCGUACGUUGAUCCAAAAAAACUUUUAGAUUUAAAUUAUCAAUAUACAAAAUUUUCAGAUAUUUAUAGUUAUGGAGUUUUAAUGUGGGAAAUUUCUAGCGAAGUUCCUCCAUUUAAAAAUAUAAUUAGAAAUGAAGAACAUUUACUUCGUAUUGAAAUUAUUAAAGGAGUUCGUGAAAAGGCUAUAGAAGGGACGCCUAAAAUUUAUGAAGAUCUUUAUAAAAAGUGUUGGGAUUCAACGCCAGAGAAAAGACCAAGGAUUAGAAAAAUAUUAGAAGAAUUUAAAAAGAUGGGAUUUGGAAUAGAUGUUAUGGAUGAUUCAACUUAUGUGAACUUAGAUCCUAAGGAGAUGGAAAUAAAUGUUAAAAAUACCUCAACUGAAGUAAACAACGAUUUGAUUCAAGCGAAUCAAUCUAUCAGUUUGGAUAGUGCUAUGUCAGAAACACAUUAUGAUUUAAAUAGCAUUCCAUACUCUUUAUGA